UCAGAGCAAGAUGGCUGCGCCCUGACGACUUUCGUCCCCUAACUUGGCGCCUCGCUCGCAUCAGGUUCAGAGUUAGGCUGACUCGUUUCUCCGACCAUGUUCUCCCUCCAAGGCUUUGGUCGCCGGGUCGCGGCUUCCCUCAGCAAACAGCACCUUCCGUCCGCCCGGUUCAGCGGUGACCGCGCGGCGCCCGGGACUCCGCACUUCGACGUGGUGGUCAUCGGCGGAGGACACGCUGGGACCGAGGCCGCCGCCGCCGCCGCCCGGUGCGGCUCGCGGACACUGCUGCUCACGCACCGCGUGGACACGAUCGGUCAGAUGUCCUGUAACCCUUCCUUUGGCGGCAUCGGAAAGGGGCAUUUAAUGAGAGAAGUUGAUGCCUUGGAUGGGCUGUGUGCUCGAAUCUGUGACCAGUCUGGCGUGCAUUACAAAGUAUUAAACCGGCGUAAGGGCCCAGCCGUUUGGGGUCUGAGGGCUCAGAUUGAUAGGAAGCUCUAUAAACAGAACAUGCAGAAGGAAAUCCUAAACACGCCGCUGCUCGCCGUGCGGGAGGGAGCCGUGGAGGACCUCCUCCUAGCCAAGCCGGAGCCCCAGCGCCCGGGGAGCUUCCGCGUCAGGGGCGUCGUGCUGGUGGAUGGAAGCACGGUGUAUGCAGAGAGUGUGGUUCUGACGACCGGCACGUUCCUGAGAGGCAUGGUUGUCAUUGGAUUGGAGAUGCAUCCCGCAGGACGGUUAGGGGAUCAGCCUUCUGUAGGGUUGGCUCAGACUCUGGAGAAGCUGGGGUUUGUGGUGGGAAGAUUGAAGACUGGGACUCCGCCCCGGAUUGCCAAAGAGUCCAUUAAUUUCAGCAUUCUCAACAAGCAGACACCAGACAAUCCAUCUGUACCAUUCAGCUUUAUCAAUGAGACAGUGUGGAUUAAGCCGGAAGAUCAGCUGCCAUGUUACCUGACUCACACCGACCCUCGAGUGGAUGAGAUCGUCCUUGAGAACCUUCACCUUAACAGUCAUAUUAAGGAGACCACAAGAGGGCCCCGGUACUGUCCAUCCAUCGAAUCAAAGGUUUUGCGUUUCCCAAACCGUCGCCAUCAGAUUUGGCUGGAGCCUGAAGGACUGGAUUCUGACCUCAUCUACCCCCAGGGGUUAUCCAUGACACUCCCAGCCGAGCUGCAGGAGAAAGUGAUCAUGUGCAUCAGAGGCUUGGAGAAAGCGAAGGUGGUCCAGCCAGGCUACGGCGUGCAGUAUGACUAUCUGGACCCCCGUCAGAUCAGCCCUUCCCUCGAGACUCAGCUGGUGCAGCGGCUCUUCUUCGCUGGGCAGAUCAACGGCACCACCGGCUACGAGGAGGCUGCCGCCCAGGGAGUGAUAGCUGGAAUCAAUGCAAGUCUGCGGGUCAGGCGCAAGCCUCCGUUUGUCGUCAGCCGGACGGAAGGCUACAUCGGAGUCUUGGUUGAUGACCUCACCACGCUGGGCACCAGUGAGCCGUACCGCAUGUUCACCAGCCGAGCCGAGUUCCGUCUGUCCCUGCGCCCCGACAAUGCCGACAGCAGGCUCACGCUCCGAGGGUAUGAGGAAGCUGGCUGUGUGUCCCAGCAACGCUUCGAAAGAGCUUCUCGGAUGAAGGCUUCCUUGGAAGAAGGCAUUUCUGUGCUAAAAUCCAUUCAGUUGUCAAGUUCUAAAUGGAAAAACUUAAUCCCAGAGGCUUCUAUAAGUAUUGAUAAAGGUGUACCUCUCAGCGCUCUCGACAUCCUGAAGUAUGAGGAAGUCCACAUGGAGCUGCUGGCCGCAGUCGCCCCGGCGCCUUUGCAGAAGUACGCAGAGUGCAGAGAGCUGGCCGAGAGGCUGAAAAUAGAAGCCACCUAUGAAUCAGCACUGCUCCAUCAGCAACAAGAAAUAAAGGAAGUCCAGCGAGACGAGGCUCUGGAGCUGCCUGAGGACCUGGACUACCUGCGUCUCAAGGACGUGUCGCUGUCCUGCGAAGUCCGGGAGAAGCUGCACCUUAGCCGCCCUCGCACGAUUGGGGCUGCCAGUCGUAUCCCUGGAGUGACACCCGCUGCCGUCACCAAUCUGCUCAGAUUUGUGAAGACUGCCCAGCGGAGACAGGCAGCCAAGCACAGGCUGCCCAACCCCGAGCAGCGUCUCUGUGCUGCAGACAGACUGGAAGAGAGGCAGUUGUAGCUUCCUGUUCACGGAAGACUUUUAAUCAAGACAGGGAUAUAGAUGGUCGAUAAGAAGUGUUUAUAUUUAGCACUUGUUCAAAUAACCUUAUUGGGUUAUUAUGGGUCUGUCACUAAUUUAUGAAGAGAGAGAUUACAAUUGUGCUUUUUUGUGUAUCUGAAAAAAUAGUUACAAACUCUUCAUUUGUACUCCUUCCCUCCCGCGCUCUAACGCCGCAGGCCCGCUGCUGUUCCCGUGCGCAGGGCCACCCGGCGGAGCGCGAGCCGAAACGGAGCGGGAAGGCGAGGCCGCCGCCCGUGGGGCCUCUGGUCGCGCCGCGGCCAGCCUCGCCUGCCAGCUUGCUGUGAAGUAUGUUCGCUUAGGGGCAGUUUCAAGUCCCUCACAUUCUGAGGGCUAAAAUUUUGAAACUAUGCAAAACCGUCCAGAAUCAUUCAGCUAAUUUCCAGGAUGGGAUGUAGCGGGGAGGGUGAGAGGUGACUUCUAAGGUUUCUGCAUUUCUGCAGGAAAUCCUCACCAGUAACUGUCUUUGAACAUUAACGAAAACCCUGUAAAAUGGAAAGAUUGGAAAUCUGUAUAGUUUCCUGUCUUCCGCAGUGCGGAAACCUGUUUGGUAACCUAGUUAAGGGAGAGUAAGUGUGGUUAUUUUAUAUCAUACGGUAUUUUCUUAGGAAACCGUCAGGACCAGUUUCUUAACACUGAAGACAAAUCUGUAGUAAUUGGUGACUCAUGUUCCCGUUUUAAUGUCGGAAUGGACAGAAAAAUGGACAGAAUGGUGCUGGCUCCCCCUUCCUCUGCCAUCCUGUGAUGUAUGCUCCCAAGGGUGAGGUGAGGAGACCAGCUGGGGCAAGAGGGCCCCACCUCUCCCCAGAAAUGCCAGCUCAGGUCUCUCAUUUCAGCCCAGAGAGAAGCUCCCCUGUCAGCCUCAACCUCAAGACAGGCAGGGACUGAAGACAGUCCCAGGGCUCAGAAGGGACUUUGGUUACAGAUCUGUGUUAACUCUGAUUGUGGGUGUGAGAGAGCCAGACAGCCUUUUGUUUUAAUCAUAUGUGGCCACUUGGAUGUAGCUCAGUUUCCACGGAUUUGUUUCAUAUGAUUUUUGUCAUUUUGUCUUUCCAUAAAGCAGUCAAGACCAGCAGCAAAUUAAAAGUAUUUACAAUGCUGGGUCACUUGGCAAUGAUGAAUUCUUUUUGAUACUUCAUCUAGUAAUUUCAAAAAGUGGUAACUUUUCUUUUUACUCUUAGGCAGAAUUCUUACUUCAGGGGCAUAUCCAGUAUAAUUCUACACUGUAUUUUUAAAAACAAGGUAUUUUGUGCUACCUGUUUGGCACUAGGAGGGAAACCACUGUUUUUUAACUUUUUUUUUUUCCUGGCUAAAUAUAGGAGUAAAAGCAGUGAGUGGGAGCUUACUGAAUGGGAUGUAACAAAAACUUACCUUGAGGAAACAAAAUUCCUAAAUGCUUCAGAAGGUUCUUGACAGCUGUAAUUUGGACAUAGUGACACUACACAUAUAAAGAAAUUAAAGGUUUACAGUGCAAUUCCAUUAUAGUAGUAACUAUCUCACUGAAAAAUAUUUGAUAGGAAACAUUUGUUUCAGGUUCUGCCACUUGGUUUAGGAUGUGAAACCUCUUUAAAUCCACAGUUUAAAGCAUGUUAACUUCUACGUAGUAUGCAAGGUUAAUCUCACUUCAAAGAAUAUUUCAAAACAGCCUACCUCUGGUGCUGCUAGCCAAAAGCACCCCAGACUACGAUGCCCUGGGAAGAACCAGCUAAAAAUGUGACCUUGCUUAGCCCAGUUACUUCACAGAAACCCCCAGCAAUGCCAGUAGCCAGCUUCCAACAGAAGUCGGCCUCGUGAUUUCCUCCACCCACCACAGGCCACACUACUUGCUAGCUAGAAAUGCUGGGUACUCACUGAAAUCAUUUCAACAGGAACACCAAAAUAAAAAAGAGGAAACGGCUGAGGAACACUCAGCAUUUGUGAGAUCACGGCGGGGGUCGGGUGGGGUGUGAAAUGGGGCCUGUGCUGAGUUGAAUUAGGAAGUGACCUUGCAGCCAGGAGUCUGAAUUUAUUCCUGAUUGCUUUAAAAUGUGCUGUCAUUUGUGGGUUUCAGCCUAGACGGAAAUAACCAUGGCUUUUUCCCUUCAGAAUUUUCAACUCCUACAAGGACUCCUGGCCCAGAAGUAGCCAGAAGUACUGGGAAAGCCACCAGCAGAGACUCGUAGACAUGUCCUGAAUAGGACGUGCUUUUUAAAUGAAUAUUGCUAAAGGCAAGAGAUAGCCAAACUAAAACUGAAUACUUAAAAGGGAUAAUUUUUUUUGGUAGGGGGAGGUAAUUAGGUUUAUUUAUUCUUAGGGAAGAUACUGGUGACUGAACCCAAAACCUUGUGUACACCAAGCACGUGCUCUGCGACUUGAGCUAUACCUCCGCCGAAAGGGAUAAAAACAUGGACGACACAGAUCCUCAGAAGGACAUCCUUCAGUGUCGACCUCUCCGUCUGCCUCACUGUCUUCACGUUCUCUUCAGCCUCAUUUCCUCUGUCUGUCUGCACUGUCCCUGCUUUUCACUGCGCCUACUAUGAUAUUAAAGCUUAUUUUUUGGUAUUCAAUUUA